CACUGUUCCCUGCGCCCGGUUGCCGCUGUCGGAUUUAUGGAGCGCCUCUCCCCGCCCCUCGGAAUCCCCGGACCGGUCACCCCGCCCCCGGGAGCCCGCGCGGGCGGGGCGGGUUCGCUCCCGGGUCGGGCUCGCGCCGUCUCUAAGCUGCUUCAGCACCUCGGGCUGUCCGCUGCUGCAGACGCUUCCUCCUCCAGGUGCUGACUGUUCUGAUGCCGAGUUUCCAAUUGCCUUGAUUAAAGUAGAAACAUUCUAUGGCUUGGAUGACUUACAUUUCAAAUUGGUUUGAGCAAGAUGAUUGGUAUGAAGGACUACAAAGAGCAAACAUGUCCCAGGUAAGGCAAGUGGGACUGCUGGCUGCUGGAUGUCAGCCAUGGAACAAAGAUGUGUGUGCUGCCAAUGGAGACAGGUUUGCAUAUUGUGCUACUUUGGCCAUCUAUAUUUAUCAGUUGGAUCACCAUUAUAAUGAAUUCAAACUUUAUGCAAUUAUGUCUGAACAUAAAAAAACAAUCACAGCAAUCUCUUGGUGUCCACAUAAUCCUGAUUUGUUUGCAAGUGGCAGUACUGAUAACUUAGUGAUCAUUUGGAACGUCGCAGAACAAAAAGUCGUUGCUAAACUCGACAGUACAAAAGGAAUGCCUGCCUCUCUCUGCUGGUGUUGGAAUGCAGAUGAUGCUGUGGCAUUUGUCUCCCACAGAGGUCCACUGUUCAUUUGGACCAUCUCAGGACCAGAUAUUGGAGUGACUAUACACAAAGAAGCUCAUAGCUUCUUGUCUGAUAUCUGUAUAUUUAGAUGGCAUACCCAAAAAAGGGGGAAAGUUGUGUUUGGUCAUAUUGAUGGAAGUCUUUCAAUUUUUCAACCAGGUAAUAAAAGUCAGAAACAUGUUCUGAGACCUGAAUCUCUUGAAGGGACAGAUGAAGAGGAUCCAGUUACUGCCCUGGAAUGGGACCCACUAUCUACUGAUUAUCUUCUUGUGGCUAAUUUGCAUUAUGGAAUUCGCCUAGUAGAUUCUGAAUCACUUUAUUGCAUAACAACAUUUAAUUUUCCCAGUGCUGCAGCCUCUGUACAGUGCUUGUCCUGGGUUCCUAGUGCUCCUGGCAUGUUUAUAACUGGAGAUUCUCAAGUGGGUGUUUUACGCAUUUGGAAUGUUUCAAGAACAACACCUAUUGAUAAUUUUAAAUUGAAGAAAACAGGAUUUCACUGCUUGCAUGUCCUUAGAUCUCCUCCAAGGAAAAAAUUUUUGGUCCAGUCUCCAACCAAAAAUCAUUAUACAUCCUCAACAAGUGAAGCAGUUCCACCCCCUACUUUGACACAGAACCAAGCAUUUUCUCUUCCUCCUGGUCAUGCAGUGUGCUGUUUCCUGGAUGGUGGAGUUGGACUUUAUGAUAUGGGAGCCAGGAAGUGGGAUUUUCUUAGGGACUUGGGACAUGUGGAAACUAUCUUUGAUUGCAAAUUCAAACCUGAUGAUCCCAAUCUUUUAGCAACAGCUUCAUUUGAUGGCACUAUAAAAGUUUGGGAUAUAAACACAUUAACAGCAGUGUAUACUUCCCCGGGCAAUGAAGGGGUUAUUUAUUCCCUUUCAUGGGCUCCAGGUGAUUUAAAUUGUAUUGCUGGGGCAACUUCCCGAAAUGGUGCUUUUAUUUGGGAUGUUAAAAAGGGCAAAAUGAUACAACGAUUUAAUGAGCAUGGAAAAAAUGGAAUAUUCUGCAUUGCCUGGAGUCAUAAAGAUUCCAAAAGAAUAGCAACCUGCAGUGCUGAUGGUUUCUGUAUUAUUCGAACCAUUGAUGGUAAAGUGCUCCACAAAUAUAAACAUCCAGCUGCAGUUUUUGGUUGUGACUGGAGUCAAAACAACAAAGACAUGAUAGCCACUGGCUGUGAAGACAGAAGUGUCCGUGUUUUUUAUGUAGCCACCAGCUCUGACCAACCACUAAAAGUAUUUAGUGGGCAUACAGCGAAAGUGUUUCAUGUUAGAUGGUCUCCUCUGAGGGAGGGAAUUCUUUGCAGUGGUUCUGAUGAUAGUUCUGUUCGAAUCUGGGAUUAUACUCAAGAUGCUUGCAUAAAUAUUCUUAGUGGACACACUGCACCUGUUAGGGGAUUAAUGUGGAAUACUGAGAUUCCUUAUCUACUAAUCUCUGGCAGCUGGGAUUAUACUAUAAAAGUAUGGGACACUCGAGAAGGAAUUUGUUUGGAUACUGUGUACGAUCAUGGUGCAGAUGUAUAUGGUUUAACAUGCCAUCCAAGUCGCCCCUUCACUAUGGCCUCUUGUUCCCGUGAUUCAACAGUGAGACUCUGGUCGUUAACACCUUUAAUCACUCCUUUACAAAUAAAUAUUCUGGCAGACAGAGCUUGGGAAGAAAUUAUCGGGAACACUGAUUAUGUUUUAGAGCAAGGAACACCUCCUCUAUUGUGUGGUAAAGUGUCAAGAGAUAUUAAACAAGAAAUAGAGAAACUGACUGAUAAUCCUCGAAUGAAAAAGCUAAGAUGGUUUUCAGAAUGUUUAUCACCUCCAGGUGGCAGUAACAAUUUAUGGAACUUGGUUGCCGUGAUAAAAGGGCAAGAUGAUAGCUUACUUCCUCAGAACUACUCUAAAGGAAUAAUGCAUUUGAAACAUCUAGUUAAGUUUAGAACGUCUGAAGCCCAAGAACUAACAACAGUCAAGAUGUCUAAAUUUGGUGGUGGUAUUGGUGUACCUACUAAAGAGGAAAGACUGAAAGAAGCUGCUGAAAUACACUUGAGACUAGGACACAUGCAGAGAUAUUGUGAACUUAUGGUUGAACUUGGAGAGUGGGACAAAGCCCUGUCAGUUGCACCAGGGAUCUCUUUGAAAUACUGGAAGAAGUUAAUGCAGAGGAGAGCUGACCAGUUAAUCCAGGAGGAUAAGGAUGAUGUCAUCCCAUACUGCAUAGCCACUGGUGAUGUGAAAAAACUAGUCAAUUUUUUUAUGUCAAGAGGUCAACUUAAAGAAGCUCUGCUUGUUGCACAGGCUGCUUGCGAGGGAAAUAUGCAAACCUUACAUGUUUCUACACCUAAAGAAUCUUCAUAUUCUGAUGAUAUUUACAAGGAAGACGUGAAUGAACUCCUGCACAAAGUCAGUAAAGAACUGGCAGAAUGGCAUUUUCAGGAUGGCCGAGCAGUACUAGCCACAUGUUGCCAUCUAGCUGUAGAUAAUAUUGAGCUUGCUAUGGCAUACCUGAUCCGUGGAAAUGAGUUGGAGUUGGCAGUCUGUGUGGGCACGGUACUAGGAGAGUCUGCAGCUCCAGCAACCCACUAUGCCCUAGAAUUAUUGGCAAGAAAAUGCAUGAUGAUUCCAAUAUGCUUUCCAUCUGUUGGAUACAGGAAUUUGGCAGCUGAUCUUCUCCUGAUGAUUCCUAAUAAUGAACUACAGUUAGUAAAACUCUGUGCUUUCUACCCAGGAUGUACUGAAGAAAUAAAUGAUCUUCGUGAGAAGUGCAAACUACCCACAGUGGAAAAAUGUCUGCAGUUGGCUGAGACAGCCAAUGCAGAUGGCAAUAUAUUUGAAACAAUAAAAUAUUACUUGUUAAGUCAAGAACCUGAAAGAGCCCUUCCUAUUGGUAUUGACUUCAUCAAAGAACACAUCAGUAGUUCAGACUGGACUUUGGAUACCAUUUACCCAAUUCUUGACUUAUUGAGUUAUAUUCGUACUGAAAACUUAGUCUUGCAUACAUGCACUGAAGCUCGAAAUGAGUUACUGAUAUUAUAUGGUUAUGUUGGUGCAUUGCUGGCUAUCAGAAGACAGUACCAAAGCAUUGUUCCAGCACUUUAUGAGUAUACAAGUCAGCUCUUAAAGCGUCGGGAGGUAUCAGUACCUUUAAAAAUUGAACAUCUUUCUGAGGAAUUGGAUGCGUGGAGAGCUUGCACCCAGUCCACCAACCGAUCAACAGAAGAUUCUCCAUAUACACCCCCUUCUGAUUUACAAAGAAUGGUUUAUGCAACUUUACUCAAGAGAAUCAAAGAAGAACCACUCAAGGGAAUUAUUGGACCAGAUUAUGUGACCGGAUCAAAUCUUCCAAGUCAUUCUGACAUUCACAUCUCUUGUCUUACGGGAUUAAAAAUCCAGGGCCCUGUAUUUUUCCUUGAAGAUGGGAAAUCAGCUAUCUCCUUAAAUGAUGCACUGAUGUGGGCAAAGGUGAAUCCAUUCUCACCUUUAGGGACUGGAAUCCGACUCAAUCCAUUUUGAUAGAAGGUUUUUCUCCAUGCUUAAUUGCAUUUUUGUAAAGAAGAAUUUUUGUGGGUUAGUAUUACCUUAACUUUGGUUGUCCAAGAACCAAAUGUUGGGGGUGAGGGGUACAGAACUACAGUUGAUUUUAUUCUUUAAUUUCAAAAAAUAAAAUAUUUAUGUAAUGUAAAGAAAAAAAUAGAUGUCUCCUUUAUAAAACAAUAAUAGUCACAUUCAGGAGGAAAGUAAUAUUUAAAUUAUAAAGGACUAAAUAAUCCUAAAAAGCAUAAAAGUUUCACAAAGCAAAAAAGGUACCAAAUUUUUAAUAUUGUUAAAACAUUGAAAUAUAUAAAAUAUUGCAGCACUGAGAAUAGGGCUUGACAUAUAGGAAGUACUUAAUGAAUAUUUGGGUGAGUGUCUCCAUAAAUUGAAAAGUAAGGUUUGCUCAACUGAUCUUCAAGUUAACAAGUGCCUAUGUUGUCCUUUACAAUAAGUGUAGUAAGCCACUAGUUUUAGCUCAUAUUUAAUAAAGGUUGUCACAAGUUUGAUAAAUAUGAAUAAAUGGAUACACAGUCAAAAUAUUUUUCAGUUUUAUUAUUAAAAGAAGAUAAUGUUACCAAGCUUUCAUCUGAUGUUGAACUGUCUGAUAUAAAGGUUUAGGUUAUGUAAGUAUGGAAAACAAUUGGGGGUGAAAGAUACAAAAUGCUGUCAAAUAUAUAUGAGAAUUUGCAUUAAAUAUAAUUAUUUUAAAUAGAUAUUUGGUGGGUACAGAUUUUAGUUUUUGAUGAAUUUAUUAUAUAAAUAAUAAAACUAAUUUAUAUUAACUUUCUUUAAAAUUCAACAAUUUAUUUUAUGAAAAUUAGUUUCAAAUAAAUGUAUGUAAGGAUAUUAGUUAAAAUUUUGGAUAUAUUAUGGAAAUUUAAUUAUUUUUAAUAUUUAUUAAAAAUGUAAAGCUGUAAAAAGUGUGAUGUGUGACUAGAAGUAUUGUAGUUGGACUAGAAUUCUGGCUUUGAGAUUUAUGAAAUGAGUACAUAGUAGGAUGAAUAGUACUUUGAUGCUCAAGUUGUUUUACAGGAUUUGUAAUAUAGAUGUUUUUGUCUGGCUUAACAGUAAGCUCGUAUAACUAAAGUAAUUGUGCAUUUUGUUAUCUUUAAAGUUAUUGCAUUUAAAAUCUUUUUAAAACCUUAUAAUAUGUACGUAUUUAUUAUAUUUAUCAGAAUGACUAAUUCUAACUCAUCAAAAAGAAAUUGCAGGCUUAAAUUCAAUUUUAUAAAAAAUCAGUUAUUAAAGAAACAUAGAAUGUAUGAAAUUCAGAGGUGCAGUGUUUAAUAUCAAGUGUAAUGUGAAGUAUUUUUUUAACUGAGUGAUAUGUAUAACUCAGAUUUUUCUUACAUGAGGAUUAUUAAUUGGCAUGUAUGUACCAGAUUCAAAAACCCAUGAUUCUUGUUCCCCACAGGCAUCAUCGACAGGAGUAACAGUCAUUUAAAUGAGUUUAAAUGAAGGCUGUUCAUGGUGAUAGGCAAGAUUUUCUAUGGACCAAUAUAUAAUAAUAAUCCAUCAGAAUAAAAGUUUAAUUAAUAAAUGCUGUCAGUCAGAAGGAGAGAUAAGUAAAAAGAAGCCAGCCCUUUCCAAUACAGGUGUUGGGUCACCAGCAGAAGCAAAGCUCACAGUCUCAUAUAGAGAAAAGACAGAGCGAGGUCAGCUUGCUUUGUGGGCAUUUGUCUCCUGUAGCCAACAGGACUAAAUCCAUGGCUGACUUAGGGAGAUAUCCUACUUGUUUGUGUGCUGCUGUAGUAGAGGAACCCCAUUCCCUCCCCAUCAGAGACAAAUAUACCAUUAGGGUGUGAGCUGGAUGUUGUAAAACGUGUCCGCCAGAAUCAGACUGUCUCCGGUGAAGUUUACAUAUGCUUAGGACAAAAGGGGAAGGAAUGUACUGGCAGUCCUCUUAUCUACUAAGAGAUUGUGUUUUAUCCUGCCAGGCAGAUACACCUGGUCCUGAGCACUGGAUGUAUUUGUGGGUCCCAGGGAAAGGCAGCAGGCCACUCUAGGACUGCCCCCUACCACAAAUAUCAUGUGUAAAUAUACAGGAAAAGAAUUGGUUCCUUUAAUUUCUGGUGAGGAAACCAUUUCAAGUAGAUUCACCAUUGCUACAAAAUGUAUGAGAAAGAAUGCUUACUAGUCGUGGUGAAAUAUGUUUAACUGUACCUUUAAAGUUAUUUCUGCUUGUUCUUUCUAUACUAAUAAAUUUAAUUUUGUAUUUCCAACAUUAACUGGCACAUAAUAGGUAUUCAAUAAAACACUGUUGAAUUGAA